UACGUCGUUUUCGUAAUUAUUGUUUGUGCGUUUCUUGAUCAGUUAGUUAUGGCAGACCCUAUUGUGGAUAUUGCUCCUGACCAAAUAUAUAGAAGGUCUCAAGAGUUUGAACAAGACAAUUCACAACCAGAAGAUGGAAAACAACAAGGCGAAAAGCUGGACAAGUCGUAUUUGAGGUUCAACGCUAUUGGAACAGCACUUGGUUUCCUAGUGAACGGUUAUAUGUACCAAGUUGGCGCUAUUUUGUUGACUCUUUACGUCGAUGUGUAUCAUACUGUGAAUGACAGCUCAUUCUUACAGUCAGCACUAUCAACUAGUGUCCUUUAUGGUGUUUUGUUUGGUUUGAUCAUAUUCGGUUUUAUUGCUGAUGUGGUGGGCAGAAAAGCCGGUCUUAUUAUGUGCUCUUCAUUGGUUAUUCUCGGUUCCGUCAUUUCUGUCGCUGCCAACGGAACAAGUACAGAUGGAAUGUUUUGGAUGAUUAUUGUUGGUAGAGCAAUAGUCGGAUUGGGAAUGGGCGGAGAAUAUACUUGUAAUGUUCCCAAUGUUAUGGAAGAUAGUGAAGACGUGAGUAGGAAGAAUCGAGGACGUCGCGUAUCUUUGCUGGUUAUGUUUAUGGAAGUCGUUGGUAAUAAUACUCCGAGUGUUUUGCAGUUGAUUUUAGUUGCUGCUGCUUGUCGCAAUGUGUUUAUUGACACUGCUUCGAAAACUGGAGUAGUAUUACCUAAUUGUCAUCCUCAAGUGGUUUGGAGACUUUCCUAUGGUUGGGAUUGAUUCCUUGUAUCAUUGUUCUUGCUAUUCGAGUUCGUAUGCGAGAUUCUGCUAUGUUUGAAGCUGAUGCAAAAUUGAGAAAGAAAUCAUAUGAUUUAUUGGAUCUUUAUGUUAUCCUUCGUCAUUUCUCUUCUAGAAUGAUGGGAACUGUGUUUAUGUGGUUCUUUAUUGAUUGGAUCAAUUAUAGUCAAG